AUGAAUGAUAUAACAACAUUUUUAAAUGAUAUAGUUCCUCCUUUGAAAACUGAAGUAGAAUCAAAUUUUGCUAGUGAUUCCAUAAUACGCCUAAAUGUUAAGUUUAAUAUUUUGUGUGAUCCUUUCAAAAAUUUAAAUACUGAACAUAAAAGAUUUAAAGCAUUUCACAGCUUGGGUACAUUGAUAAAACCACUUGGAUCUAUUGUAGGUUAUAGACCAAAUGAUUCUCUCCAAAGAGGAGAUGUGAUUAUUAAAUCAAUUCCUGUCAAAAUCUAUAGCGUACAACUAGAGAAAUUAUUUAGACAAUUUUUUGAAGUACCAAAUGUAUAUAAUACCUUUUUGAAAUAUUCAGAAACUAUAAUAGAAGCCAAUGAUAAUUUGAUCCAUAAUUUUAUACAAAGUCAAAUGUGGAGAGAUAAAAUUUUACUCUCUGAUAAAAUAUUAAUUCCUUUUUUUCUGUAUUUUGAUGAUUUUGAAACAAAUAACUCCCUUGGAAGUCAUGCUGGAAUACAGAAGUUAGGAGCAAUUUAUGUAAGUUUGCCUGGUUGCCCUCCUGAAUUUGCUUCUAAGUUAGAAAACAUUUUUAUGGUUUUAUUGUUUAACACUACUGACAAGAAACUGGUAGGGAAUCGGGAACUCUUCAAACACAUAAUUUUAGAAAUUAAUGAUUUGGAGUCCAGGGGUAUUCAGAUAUGUGUUGACAAUCAAAAUAUUCAAAUAUAUUUAUCAUUAGCUCUAAUAUUAGGUGAUAAUUUAGGCUUACACAGCAUUUUAGGGUUUUCGGAAAGUUUUAAUGCAAACUAUCCUUGUAGAUUUUGCAAAUGUUCCAAAGCUGAAUGUAAUUCUUUAACACUCCAAGAUACUUCUAAACUUAGAACAGUGGAAAAUUAUUCAAUUGAUGUUAACAUUAAAAACUUAUCCACAACUGGUGUUGUCGAAUCUUGUAUUUGGAAUGAUGUUACCUCUUUUCAUGUUGUUCAUAAUUAUUCUGUCGACCUCAUGCAUGACUUACUAGAGGGUGUUUGUAAUUAUGAUUUAACAGGUAUUUUAAGGCUCUUUAUAAUUGAUUUUAAAUAUUUUAGUUUAGAGACACUAAAUCAAAGGAUACAGUAUUUUGGAUAUGGUCCUACCGACAUUAGAAAUAGACCUCAAGCAAUUUCAGAAAAUAAUUUAAAAAAUAACAAGCCUUUAAUGUUAAAGACUACUGUUAGUGAAAUGUGGUGCUUAACUAGAUAUCUAGGUCUGUUAAUAGGAGAUAUGGUUCCUAGAAAUUCAGAAAUCUGGCAAUUAUAUAUUGUAUUAAAUAAAAUAUAA